AUGCCAGCCUUCACGCCGUUAGCGGCAACGAACGAGAAGAAUCGGCCGCUCGACGCCAUCUGGUCGAACGAAGAAGACGACGAAGAGCAAGAAACUGUCGUCGAAAAGCGGGGAAUCGUUGCGAAACUGUUUAAUAGUAGCAACGCUCAACAUGCCAAAUUGCUCGUUUUGGCUGUUCUGGCUCUUGUCCACUUCUACUAUCUCAAUGACUUCCUUGUCAAGUUCGCUGCAGUCGAUGAGAUGUCUCAAGAUGCCAGAUAUAUCAAAGCAUCCGGACCAAACUAUGCCAUGGACAUGGCUUCUGUCAGAUACACAUUCCAAGGAUUCAUUGAUUACAAAAAGAAUCUGUGGAUGACUGUCGGUGCAAUGUGUGCAUCUCUUGCCACCACUGCUUCUCUUCUCACCAUUUACAGUGGUCCACGUGACGCCUUCAAUCGUGCCGCAAUGAUUGUGAUCCGUGUAUUCGAUUUAUGUGCUUUCCUCUUCAUUUCCUUCCUUCUUUUUGCUCGAAUCUCGUCAGCGGUCGUCAUCAAUCAUACAACUCAACACUCUCUUCGUGCUGCUUCUCGUAUUUCUUCGAAUAUCGUCAAUGAUUUGGCAAAUACUCUCUCGUGUACCGUCGAGCCACGAGAUGAGCUUCCGAUUUGUAGCCGUCAGAUUAUUGAUUCAAUCUUCCCAGUCAAACUCAUCGAAUAUCUCAUCAUUUUGUGCCUUCUCACCGGAGCAUACAUCGGAUUGGCCUACUUGAUCGAGUGGUGCAUCCGUCACUUCUUCCCACCAACCCACGAGAAACUCACUCCAAUCAGUGCAAUCUCUCGUAAUUUGGUUGCUUCUUCUCGUUGCUCAUCAGAUAAUUCUGUUCUGAUCGCUGCCUAA